AUGACAGACGUUGCACCUCCGCGGGACCGCGAAUCCUCCACACCAUCCCCGAAUGGCUCUCAUUCAGAUAUUUCCGCCGUGACCGAACACGGAAGGCCCAUAAUACUUGGCAUUUGUGCCAUGGACAUCAAGGCGAGGUCGAAGGCCAUGCGGGAAAUCAUCACCCGACUGGUUGAGCGAGCGAGGGGCGCCAUCGAAGUCAAGGUGUUUGGUGACAAAGUCAUACUAGAUGAAGAUGUGGAGAACUGGCCUCGAUGCGAUGUUCUUAUUUCCUUCUUCUCUACAGACUUCCCGCUUGACAAAGCAAUUUCCUAUGUCAAACUUCGCAAACCUUUCUGUAUCAACGACUUACCUCCUCAAGCUCUUCUUUGGGAUCGUCGCUUAGUGGGCUCGGUGCUGGAUCAUCUUAAAGUGCCUACUCCUCGACGCCUUGAGGUCUCCCGAGACGGGGGACCCAAGGUGGACGACGAGCUCAAGGAAUUAAUGAAGAAAAAGAUCGGUAUCGAAUUAGGAGGGUUUCGAGUGACGCCGGAAGUCGCGCUGAGUGAGGAUGGCAAUGCAUUAAUCAUCGAUGGUCAGGUCAUGGAAAAGCCGUUCGUGGAAAAGCCCGUUAGCGGCGAGGAUCACAACGUGUACAUCUACUUCCGUGGGGGGGGAGGACGUCGUUUGUUCCGUAAAGUCGGUAACAAAUCCAGCGAGCUUGACCCCAAUCUGAACUAUCCCCGCACGGAUGGCUCAUACAUCUACGAGAAAUUCAUCGAUGUGGACAACUCAGAGGACAUCAAGGUCUAUACCGUAGGAAAGGACUAUACUCACGCUGAGACUCGCAAGUCCCCGUUUGUCGAUGGUGUUGUCAGGCGAAACACAGAUGGGAAGGAGAUCAGGUUCAUUACUCAUCUGAAUGAAGAAGAGAAGAAGUGGGCUGCAUGUAUCAGUGAAGGAUUUGGACAGACGGUAUGCGGCUUCGACAUGCUCAGAUGCGACAACGGCAAGACGAGUCAAGUGAUCGAUGUCAAUGGCUGGAGCUUUGUCAAGGGCAACGAGUCUUACUACGACAAGGCCGCCGAAAUGCUAGCGGCGAUUUGUGCUCAAGCCACUGCUUCUGUGGAACGUCCACUAGUCGCAGGGGAGGCCAAGGCAGAAGAGUCUCCGACUUGGCUGUUGAAAGCGAACGUGACAGUCUUCCGGCAUGCUGACCGCACGCCCAAGCAGAAGCUGAAAUUCAGUUUCCCGAUUGGCGAGUCGUGGACGCAGCCUUUCGUGCGGCUCUUGAACGGCGAGAAGGAGGAGAUCAUCCUUCGUGAACGUUCACAGCUGAAUCACGUACAAACGGCAGUCGAAGAGGCCAAGGGUCUGGGAGCAAACAGCGAGGACCUCGCCAAGCUCACUCAGCUUAGCAAUGCGCUGAUCAGCAAGAUUGAUUUGCCUGGCACGAAGGCGCAACUGAAGCCAGUGUACUCCAAGAAGCAGGCAGGGCAGACGAGGAAGUUGACAAAGUUGACACUCGUGUUCAAAUGGGGUGGCGAGUUCACUCACUCAGCGAGGUAUCAAUCGCGUGACCUUGGUGAGAAUAUGAAGAAGGACAUAUCUAUCAUGAAUAAGGAUGUGCUCAAGAAUGUCAAGAUCUACACCUCCUCCGAGAGGCGAGUUGUGGCCUCGGCAGAUAUCUUCGCAGCAGCUCUCUUUGAGCCCAGCCGAGAGACGUAUCCUACGACAUCGCCCGGGCCUCCUAACAGCGCAAGCUCUACGCGCUCCUCUCAAGACGGCAAAGAAAACGCCGGUGGCGGCAGCUUCCGUCCGUCGACGCCCAGACGCGACACGUCGCAGCCGGUCUUCCCAAAGAUGCCAAAGCUCAUCGUGCGCAAGGACCUGCUGGAUGACUCGAACGCCGCGAAGGACUUGAUGGACGACGUCAAGAAACGCUUGAAGAUUCUUUUACGUCCUGGAGAACCUGAGAAGCGCCCCGAACUCACGUGGCCAAAAAGCAUGAAGAAGGAGCCUGUCGAAGUGGUGAAGGAAGUAAUCGAUCUCUUGAGACAUUUCCGAGACGUCAUGCACAGAAAUUGGGAGACUCUGGACGUCGAUAAGAUCCAAGAGAGAUGGUGUUGUGGUGACGAACCGUGGUUGUUUCGGGAGCGGUGGGAGAAGUUGUUCGAAGACUUCUGUGACGUUAAGCAGGAGAAGUUCGAUCCCUCGCGAGUGUCAGAGCUUUACGAUACUAUCAAGUAUUGUGCGCUGCAUCAUCGGACGUUCCUCUUCUCUAUCUUCAGCGAGAACGGCCAGCCAAGCUCACAACCACAUGAUCGCCAGUUGCAUGAGCUGUACGGGCGUGCGAAGGCGCUAUUCGACCUCGUUGCGCCGCAAGAGUACGGCAUUGAGCCGGAGGAGAAGGAGGAGAUUGGUGUGCUUACGUCUUUGCCGCUGUUGCGCCACGUCGUGGAGGACUUGGAGAAUGCGCGGAAUAAUGAAGAAUGCUCUCUCACGCUGUACUUCACUAAAGAGAGUCACAUUCACACACUGGUGAACCUCGUCCUUCUGUCAGGCCUUCCAAUCGCGAACCGGCGGAUCCCGGAGCUGGACUACUGUGUACGUGUCUAUUUUGAGCUGUACGAGCGAAAUCAUGGCCGUGGCAAGUCUGACAAGGAGUAUUCUAUCCGUCUCUCGCUGAGCGAGGGCGCCCAUUCGUCAAAUGUCCUCGACUCGGCGCUCGACGCGCGUCACGCGCUAAACGUGCAGCCUCGCAGGAAGCUGACCCAACACUUGCCCUACAGCCUCGUCAUCGAGAAGCUGUCGAAGCACUUUGGAAGAGUGAUAGACAACGAUGAUACGGAUCCAGACGAGCCAUUCGAGACCAUCGAUGCGUUAAGCGCUCCGGCCGCAUACCAGAUCCCGCAGGACGACCCUUAG